CACUUUCAAAAAUGAUUUAAUGGUUAAACGUAAAACAUUAAAAAAGGGAAAUUCAAAAGGCCUCACUCCUGGACCUAUGGCGGUGGAUGAAAAACUUCAAAAGCACUUUUCCUAUUUCGAUCAGUUUCUCCGUAGGGCAAAGAGGGAGUUCGAAGUAAAGUACAACCAGGAGAUUAAGCAAAAUUGCACCCUAAAUGAUUUUGAUAUAUUGAAAAUCUUGGGAUCCGGGUCGUUUGGAAUGGUUGUCCUUUGCAGGGACAAAAGGAACAGUAAGACCUACGCACUCAAACUAAUGGAGAAGGUCAACAUAAUUAAAACGAGACAGUUGGCUCACACCGGUGCCGAAAUUAAGCUGAUGAAGAACAUCAAUUUCCCAUUCAUCAUUGACAUGUAUGCGUUCUUCAUGGACAACGUUUACGUGGGCAUAUGCAUGUCGUUUGCCAACGCUGGAGACAUGUUCACUCAUCUACGUGAGCUGAAGAAGUUUGAGGAGCCAUUGGCGAAGUUUUACGCUGCACAGGUCAUUUUAGGGUUCGAGUAUCUGCAUCAUUUAGGAGUUAUUUAUAGGGAUCUGAAGCCUGAAAACAUACUGCUUGACAUCCAGGGGUACCUGAAGAUCACAGACCUGGGGUUCUGUAAGAAAAUCGACAAUACCAGAACGUACACUUUGUGUGGUACUCCUGAGUACUUGGCACCGGAAAUAAUCCUGAGCCAAGGCUACAAUAAGUCGGUGGACUAUUGGUCCUAUGGUGUUCUCAUUUUCGAAAUGAACGCGGGCUACGCCCCAUUUUUCGCCAAAGAUCCCAUGAGGCUUUACGAGAAAAUCGUGUCCGGAAAGUACACUUGUCCACCGGCGUUUUCCAAAUCACUGAAAGACCUUCUGAGCAAUAUCCUGAUGGUGGAUAGGUCCAAAAGAUUUGGCCUUCUGAAGAACGGAGUUAAGGAUAUCAAGGGGCACGACUGGUUUAAGAAUACCGACUUUGAUCAGAUUUUAUCUCGGAAGGUUGUGCCUGCGUACGUGCCUAAAGUGGAUGGUGAAACGGAUACUCGGUACUUUGAGAGCAAUAAUAAGCCCUUGACCGUUAAAAAGGCGAGUCACGAUGAGUUUGCCAAGGAAUUUGAGGAGAUAUUUAACGUGCCGAAGCCUUGAAUGACCGAAUUCUCGCGGUAAUUAAAUGUAGUGUAGCUAUGACUUUUUUAUAUAUUUUGCAAUAUAUUAUUUAUUUUUUA